UUACUCACAUUUCACUUUGCAAACUUGUCACUCUCUCCCCAGCACAGUAUUUAAAAAGGUGUUUCACUCAUGCCCAGCACUUCAGGAGGGAGCAAACUGCAGGCCUGGGGAAGCAACUCAUGGAGGUCCCUGCCCAGCUCUGGGUCCUGUUUCCCAGUCGGGGCAAUGAAGCCAUUUAGAAAAGCUCCCACAGUAACAAACCUGCAGCGGCAUAAAACCCACAAACAAACUGUUGUUUAGGGAGGAAACCCAUCCUGUGGAAUUUGGAAGAUUCACCCUCUGCUUCUCUCCUGAUUUUGAAGGCAGAGCCGUCACCGAGGCGUGGGCAGGACUGGCAGAUGGAUCCCACCAGCAGCAGCUGCAUGCGCAGCCCACAGCCCCCCCCUGCCCUCUGGGGGUGCAUGAGGAGCACCCACAUGGAUGCCAGCACAGCCCCAGGGCUGAGCCACUGCCCAGCAGCACCGUUCUCCUUCCACCAGAGACCAGAUUUUGAUGCUUACUCCGAUUUCUCCACCUCCUGCUUGGUGGCGGCUCCCCAGAGCUUCCCACGGGAGGAGCGAGGGUUUGGGGAGCAGCACCAGCCUUUCCAACCCUCUGCCUGGCACCUGGCAGCAGCUGAGAGCACGAGACAACUCCAUCCAGAACAGGCCUUGGCAUCUGGGCAGUUGGAGGGCAGCAGCCCAGACCCAGCGAGUGUGGCAGCGGGGGUGGAUGAAGAUGAAGAGGUACCAGGAAACACCACAAAGGACACUGAGAAAAAGCCACCCAAAAGAAAAAAGGAAAGCUCAGAAAACCAGAACUCGGGCAGCAAGACAGAAUCCCACAGCAAAUCCCGGAAGGAAAGGACAGCUUUCACCAAGGAGCAGCUGCAGGAGCUGGAAGCUGAAUUUGCCCACCACAACUACUUGACAAGGCUCAGGAGAUACGAGAUAGCUGUGAACCUGGACCUCACCGAAAGACAAGUCAAAGUAUGGUUUCAAAACAGAAGAAUGAAGUGGAAACGUGUUAAAGGUGGGCAGCCAGUGUCCCCACACGAACAUGACACAGAAGAUGUGGACUCUGCUGCCUCUCCCAGCUCUGAGUAGUCCCUGCAGCAAUGGGAGAGGAAUCUGGAGAAAGUAAUGGAUCAGAAUGUGGAUGCAACACUGCUUUGGGUCAGCUACUCAAAGGGAUCAUCCUGCUUGCAAAUCCUGUAGCCCACAGUCUUUAAGAGGUUUAUGAUGCUUUAUGUUGCAGAGGCAAUUAAAGAGCACAGGGGGAAAAGCCAAAGGAGGGCAUGAUUUUGAUUUUUGUUUCUGGAACUGUCUUACUACCACAGAUGUGUCUACAGAAAAAAACAGUAACAUUGAAUAUAAAACAGGAGUAAUGUUGUGUAGAUGCUCAGACAUUCAGAAAAUACAGGUUAUCAGUCAGAGAGUGAUAACACAGAUGUGUUCUCAUCCAGUCUUUCCCUGGUCACAUCUAUUCAGUGUGCAUUUGGACUUGGCAAUACACAUUUUACUUGUGCCUUACUCUGAGAGAAAUAAAUACUUUGACAGUCACUGAUUCUCCUUGCAAAAUGAAUUGGACACCUGUGUAGCUAGGCAAUAAGAUUACAAAAUAAAAUAUGAGACUAAAAACACAUAUAAACAGAAUUCUGCUGACCAGUUUCAGAGGAGGUGGCUCUCACACUGACAGUCCAAGAAGGCAGGUGCCUUGUUGAUGGCAGCAAUUUGCAGAGGGAGAUUUCUUCCAAGCUUACUGUAAAUCCUGAAAUUAAACUCCUAGACCUCAAUUUCAAAUAUUUUUUCAAAGCAGUCAUCACGAAGCACCACAGCAGGCACGGCAGAGAUGGAACUCUCAGCACAACAUCUAUCACUGUUGUGUUUUCAAGUUUUCCAAUAAACAGCACAACCAGAAGUUUUAACACUUCAGAACACUUCCACUUGAAAUUAUCCUCCCUUUCAACCCAAACUUAUACUAUAUCAAGUUAUGAAGAUUUAGAAAAGCACAGUGCCUGUUUCCAUUUGCUCUAUCUUUUUGUUUAAUGUACUACUGCCAUAUUUUAAACAGAAUUUUACACUAGCACACCACAACAUGGCUAUUGAGAACACUGAAACAGUGGUUUGAAUAUUUGAAAGGUAACCAUGAUGGCAGCUAUGACAUACUGCCUUCCUCUCACCCUGCUCUGAUGCUUAUUUAUUGUGGUUGCCUGUAAACUGUUGAUCUGCUGGGUGAAAAUCUGUAUAUCUGAAUGAUAUGUUUAUAAAGCUAUCAGUGGUAAUUCCACUUGUAAAAAAACUCAAAACAGAUAAAUAUCAUCUUUUUUUUUUUUUUAACAGAGGUGUUGUGUUCUUUUCAAAGAGCUGAUUACUGUAUCUACAAUGAAGAAACAUUCAUCACAUUCCUUCUUAACAUUUCCAAACUCUGACUGACAGAUGAAAAAACGAGCAGUUUAGAGUAUAUAUUUGUGCAAAACCAAUUUAAAAAAAUAAUUAUUUCUGAAAGAAAUUAUUUAAAAAUAAAGAAACUUGAGAAGUUUGAGAAGCA